CUCUCUCUGUGUGCCUCUGUGUGUGUCUCUCUCUGCUUGUGUGUCUGUCUAUGUGUCUCCGUGUCUGUGUAUUGUCUCUCUCUCAAAUUUAGCAAUCUUUGGAAGAACGUAAUCAACCAGCAUACACGCAUUCGUCAUGAGAAAGCUACUGGGUGGAGUCUGGGAAGCUCCACCUUUUUGUGAAUCUGAUUAUAAAGCCGGCUUCAAUCCAAAGAGCAGAAGAGACAGAGCGAAUGACAUGCGCCCUACGGCUCUCCAUCACCUGGACAUUCUGGACAUAAUGCAACUCCACCUCACCCUCACACUUGACCAUCUGUAAAGAGUGACAGGAAGAAGGUUCCAUCAGCCCUAGUGCUCUGAACACGUGAGAGGCUAUGUCGGAAGAGGAGGAACACACCGUUAAAGCUCAGGAUGAACUUGCCAAAGUAAUUACAGACUUAGGUCUUCAUAAAAAUUACUGGAUUCCAAAACUGCGAGAUAUUUUACAUAUCACCAAUGUACAAGCAUUGCAAUAUUUUGGCCCUGAAGAAUUUGAAACAAUAGAACCACAUUUCCGGCAUCCAUGGGAGAAAAAGGCAUUGUCUAAGUUAAUGGAAAUGUCAGGCAGAGAAGUUGUAUUAAAACAAUCACAAAAAUGUGAUCCAAUUGGAAAUAAACAGAAGCAAGAUGCACCAACAAAGCAGCAUCCAGAACAAAUGGAGCAGAUAAGGUCAACUCACAUUGGUGAGACCAAAAUAGAGGAUGAGACAGAUAAGCGACCGGAAUUGAAAGGAGCAAAAGAAAAUGCAUUGUAUAACAAGAGCCAUUCCAAUGAUAUCGAAAAUACUUUUCUCAAGCAGUUAGAUUUAGCAAACAUUUCUAUUUUACAUGGAACUGUAUCAGAUCAUUUUUUUUUACAAAAUGCAUCUAAAGGACUUGCUUUAGAGGGGGUUUAUAAAACUGGUCAAAUAAACGCUGUGUUACAGAAAAGAGGCAAACUCGUAAACAGCCCAAUGUCGUUUAAUCUUGCUGGCCCAGUACAUCAGCCAAUGAUAAAACAACAAGAGUUUUCAUCCUCUGAAGAGGAAUCAAUAUUUGAGACAGCAGUAGAAAAAAUUGGAUUCAAUACCAUAACCACAGGUUUCCUACAGACAUUGAAUGAAGAAACCACUUCACAGCAUUGCAAGGCAUUAUACACUGAAGAAAAACAACGCGAAAAUCCCAAUUAUUCCCGAAGUCAUUGCGCCAAAUAUCUGUACCUACCGCUCGCCUCAGGAAGUCUUGACUUUGAUCAACUCAAGCUUUCUGAUGAGGCGUUGGAGGAAUUACAAAGCAUUGAAAGCACUUUAAAAACCGUCAACGAUUCUUUUAAAACACGUGUACUUAAAAGCAGGUUAGGGAGUUUUUUUGAGACCUUUGGCUCUCAUGCCCACACAGGCCCUGUCCACUUUGGUGGGAUAUUUAAGUGGAAAGCAUCAGCAGAGGACAUCACCUCAAAUCAGGAAAAUGAACAAAGAAAUAUACUAUCGGAGGCAGUGGAAAGAUAUUCCACUUCUGCCUACAACAACAGUGGCUGUGCAGGUGGCGUGAGCAUGAUGGCAUCCAACUUUAUAACGGAAUUUUCUGAAAAAUACAACGCUACACUUUUGAGUAAGGUGACAUUUUCCGUAGGUACAAUAGGUGGGCCCCCUGGCAUUUGUUCUCUUCAACAAUGGAAAACUGACGUUGUUUCCAAUGCAAAAAUGUGGUCUGUCAUUGACCGAGGCACAUCAUUGGUACCCGUGUGGGACAUUGUCACGUUUAACCACGAAAAUGAUUUUAAAAAUACUUUGAUAGCAAACAGCCUCAAGGAGGCAUACACGCUUUUGACAAACCCAAUUCCCAAUAAUCGUCUUGAAGAUAUAUUGGUCUCUGCCAAAGUUGAAGCCCAGUCAGUGAUGCAAGAUAUUAAACAUUGGCAAGAAUCUGACGUGGAAUAUAAUUUACAAAAGAUAAUUGAUUUAAAACAAAAGUUACAUGAUGAAACAAAAAGCAAUUUGAUUUGGAUAAACACCUGUUUGUCUCACCCAGCUCUCCAGUCAUUUUUGUCAAAUAUUAUUACAGCACCUGCCAAUACGGUGCAAAUAAAAAAGCUUAUGCGCUCUAUUAUGGAGCCAAAGUGUUGUGAGGUUGACAGUUUUCCACAACUCGCCUCCGUUAUGCAGUGGCUUAAUGAAUCUAAAGGAGUCUCUGCUCAGGUAUCUGACUUUAAAGAUCUCGUGAACAUCUUAACACAAGCAAAAGAACAUUUAAAAGAAGUUGAGUUUUCAACAAAGUAUUCAGAAAUAAAUGAAAAAAGAAACAAAGAAAUCACGAGUUCAUUUAAUUCAUUCUGUCAAUCACUGAGAACAGCAGAACUUAUCGAACAGGAAAUACUCAUAAUUUCAGUUGCUUCUGGUGUCGGAUAUUGUGUAAAUGAAAAAAGAUUUCAGCGUCCCCUGCAUUAUGACAACAUUGACCAUCUUCAACUUACACUUGAGUCGGCUUGCGGAGAGUCCUCAAGUACAUGCUGAGAGUGCACGUUCUGGUUAGUGCAUUGUCUUCGUACUGUUCGCUUUUUGGCAUUCUCUUGUCUGACACUGGUGGGAGUAGGCCAUAAAGAAGGCUGUCUGAUGUAGGCCAAUUAGUUUCAAAGACAAUUGAUAUGUUAUCAAUAUAGACAACACGUUCUACUACUUAGAAAUACUUUUUAAUAAAUGUUUUAUUCUACAACAUCAGAGUGCAGCGCCACAUUAAAAACGUACUACAAUGACAAUAGUUUAAAUCGAUUUGAAGCAUGUUUUAUUUGGGGGGGGCAGAGCUUUGUGACGUCAUAUUUGAGGGGGGGUCUGACUUUUUGUGACGCUGUGUGACGAGGGGGGGGGGGGUCAAAAAUCGUCCAAAAUCUCGUGACGUCAUUUAUGGACGGCCCCGAAGACUGUCACUGGUGUGGGCUAAUCAGUUUCAAAGACUGCAUAUAUUAUCAGAAUAUAACGGUGUGUGUGGGUGAGCGCUGUCGCGCGAGGGUGAGCCGAGGUGACUGAGGUUACAUGAGGUAAGGCUGGGGUGGUUUGGGGGAGAAAUGUGUGAAUUUGAAUGAGCGUGGCGCGUGUAUGAGCAGUGACAUGUUCAGUGUUCAUCAGGGAGGGGGGCGGUCGGCGUUCGUUGGGGCUGGGGGCUCCCGCGGGGGCGGGGGGGUGCAGAGGUUGUGGUUGCCGUUGGCCCGGGGGCCGAUGUGUUUUUCGCAUUGGUUGGGGCGGGGCGGUCAGCGUUCACCCAGGGAAAGACGGAUGAUCGAUGUUCGCCGCGACCAGGGGAACUCCUGGAGAGGACCAGCUGCCACUGCAGGGCAUGCGGCUCAGUGACCAAGUCUGCGGCUGCGUUUUGUUGGUCGGGGCGUUGUUGAAGACGCCGACCAAGUCCUGAGACUGGAGCCAUGUGGAGUCACUGCGUUGAGUUGUUCAACUUGCGGUUGGAGGCGCCAGCCAAGACCAGAGAUUGUAGCCACGUGGAGUCUAUAGAAUACUAUAGAGAUAGAAAACUCCGUGACCAAAACAGCAGCCGUGUCAAGUUGUUCAUUGUGUUGUUGGUGGCGCCAAUCAAGUCCUGAUACUGCAACUCCGUUGGUUGAGUUCUUUGGAGCGCUGUUGAUGGCGCCAGCCAGGUUCUGAAACUGCAACUGCGUUAAGUUGUUCAAAGCGCUGUUGAUAGCGCCAACCAGGUCCCAAGACUGCAACUGCGUUGAGAUGCUCAGGGCACUGUUGAAGCCAACAGCCAAGUCUUGAGACUGCCGUUAUGUACCCUGGACUUCAGCUGCGUUGUUUCGUCACCCAAGAGUGGAUCGUGCAUAAGGAUUGGUACGAACAGUCGUCGCAUUUUUAUGUAUGUUUAGUCCCUACGGUGUUAUGUAAUUGUCAACACGUGGGGGCGCUGUGAAGAUAUGUUUUCGAGAAUUUGUAAUAGUUGGUUGUACUCGGUUGUUCUGUCUUUGUCGACGAGCGUGGGUGCUGUGUAGAUGUUUAGAAUUUUGAAUAAUUGGUUGUACUUGGUUGUUGAGACAUUAUCCAUCACUGUUUGAUUCGCGUCCUUGGACAAAGUGUCUCAAGGCAUAGUUAAUACUUUCAAAAUCUUGUUAAGAAUAUCUAUAUUACGGAUCGAGUUAUUUGUACAUCUUUAUAUUGCUGUAAGUCCGCAUUCAUUGCCAGAAAGGGUAAAACCGAUUCUUAUUUUUCAUACUUUGAUACUGGCACAAAUUUUCCAUGGUAUAGCUGCUCACCCCGAGCUAUACAUGCUCUGGUAGUGCAUUGUCUUUGUACUGUUCACCUUUUGGUAUAUAUUGAGGGAAUUGCUUGGUAGAGUAAAUGGAGCCGAACUCUUCAUUUAUCCAGUUUGCCCUUCUGAUUUUAGUUCCAAAGCCUUGUAGUUUAGAAAUAGAAUUCCCUAUUUGGUCAUUCAGACAAUUAAAACUAACUGGAAUGCCGUGAAAUAUCUACGAAAUUGACCGCAAAAUAGCAAUCCUUAAACUGUGCAAUCAGUGAUGCUGACACUCCGCUAGUGUGCUUCAUAAUAUUCGGCGAAUCUCCUGCAUAGAAAUCUCAGAUGCUGAACUCUCUGCUUGGCAAGCAAAAGCAUGGAGUUUUCUUUUAUAGAGACUGCCGAGUCAGCAGCACGAAUGGUCGACUAAUGAAAGGAGUUCCAGAGAUCGCCUGGUAUUUUCCAGCUGGGAUGGACGAUGAUGUAUUUAUUGACUGCAUAACAUUCACUAAUCUCCACGGAGAUGCAAGAGAACACAAACACAAGUACAGUUUUUACAUAAGAUAUCGCCUAUAAAUGUGAUAUUACUGUUAGAUUGUCAUUGCAAUGAAGAAGGCAAACGCAUUUUACAAGAAUGUGUGUGUCCCCAAAGCCGUUGGUUUGCCUCUGUGCUGAUAUCUGGAACAAAAAUGAAAAUUGCUGUUGAAAAUCGAAAUGAGGCUGAGUUAAUUGAAGAAAUAAAUGUAAUCAAUAAAAUUAUUUUGAAACUA